AUGCCUGUGAUCAUGAGUUUUCACGCUGUGUCUUUGAUAGGUGUACCCAUGGAGACCUACAGUGGGCAUGGUUCAUUCCCUGCAGUAGUAGUCCCUCAGAGGCGGCGGCUGACACGGAGACCCGGCUACAUGAGAAGCACAGCCGGUUCUGGGAUCGGGUUCCUCUCUCCAGCAGUGGGCAUGCCACGCCCGAGCUCAGCCGGGCUGACAGGCCAGCAGUCCCACCGCUCACAGUCCAAGGCUGGACAGUGCGGACUUGACCCCGGGAGCCACUGCCAAGCCUCACUGGUGGGCAAGCCUUUACUCAAGAGCUCCCUUGUCCCUGCGGUGGCCUCUGAGGACCACCUGCACCCAGCCCAGGGCUCUAGGAGAAAAAGAUCAGUGCACUUUGGGGUUCAUUCCAAGAAUGACAGCAGACAAUCUGAGAUGCUGACUGGGUCAUUUAAGCCUGGGGACAGUGGGUGUUGGCAAGAAUUGUUAUCUUCAGACAGCUCUAAGUCUCAAGCUCCUAGCCUUGAUGCAGCCUGGAACAAGGGAUCAAGGGGCCUGAAGACUGUGAAACCUCUGGCAUCACCGGUGUUGAAUGGCUCCACUGACAUCCCAUCCCAUCCCGGCUUCCAAGACACCUUUACUUCCAGCUUCAGCUUUAUCCAACUCUCCCUCGGUGCUGCUGGAGAACGCGGAGAAGCAGAAGGUUGCCUGCCAUCCAGAGAGGCCGAACCUCUGCAUCAGAGGCCCCAAGAGAUGACAGCUGAAGCAUCCGGCUCAGACAGGCCCCACGGGGACCCUCGGCAUCUCUGGACCUUCGGUCAUCAUGUUGCUCCAGGCUUGGCGGACUUGGCUCAGGUGACAAGAAGCAGCAGCAGGCAACCAGAAUGUGGCAAGGUCUCCUCCUCAGAUGCUGGCUUCUCUUCCCAGGAUGCAUCCUCCGCUGAUGGGCGGGGCGAGCAAGGCAGUGGCUGGGCAGAUGCCCAUGGAUGGCAUACAUUGCUCAGGGAAUGGGAGCCCAUGCUGCAAGACUACCUACUGAGCAACCGCAGGCAGCUGGAGGUCACUUCCUUAAUUUUAAAGCUUCAGAAACUUCAAGAAAAAGCGGUGGAGGAUGGCGAUUACGAUACUGCAGAGACAUUGAGACAGAGGUUGGAAGACCUGGAACAGGAGAAAGGCCGCCUGUCCUGGGCUCUGCCUUCACAGCAACCUGCUCUUCGCAGCUUCUUGGGUUACCUGGCAGCACAGACACAGGUGGCCUUGCAUGGAGCUACCCAAAGGGCUGGCAGCGAUGAUCCAGAAGCCCCACUCGAGGGACAGCUGAGGACCACCGCCCAGGAUAGCCUGCCUGCAUCCAUCACCAGGAGGGAGUGGCUUAUUCGAGAGAAACAGCAAUUGCAGAAGGAAAUCGAAGCUCUCCAAGCACGGAUGUCUGCGCUGGAGGCAAAGGAACGACGACUGAGCCAAGAGUUGGGGGAGCAGGAGACGCUGCUCCAGUGGCGGGGCUGUGACCUGAUGGCACUGGUGGCCCAGAUGUCCCCAGGCCAGCUGCAGGAGGUCAGCAAGGCCUUGGGAGAGACCCUGACCUCUGCCAGCCAGGCUCCCUUCCACGUGGAGCCACCCGAGGCCCUCAGGAGCCUCCGGGAAAGGACAAAAUCACUGAACCUGGCUGUCAGAGAGCUCACUGCGCAGGUGUGCUCAGGGGAGAAGCUGUGCAGCUCUCUGAGGAGGAGACUCAGUGACCUCGACACCAGGCUGCCUGCCUUGCUGGAAGCCAAGAUGCUGGCCCUAUCAGGAAGCUGCUUCUCCACAGCCAAGGAGCUCACGGAGGAGAUCUGGGCCUUGGCGUCAGAGCGGGAAGGGCUAGAGACAUUCCUGGGCAGGCUGUUGGCACUCAGCUCCAGGAACAGCAGAAGACUGGGCAGCGUCAAAGAGGAUUACCUCAGGUGCACGCAGGACCUGGCCCUCCAGGACGCCGCCCACAAAACACGCGUGAAGGCAAACACUGUGAAGUACAUGGAAAUAUUGGAGGGUCAGCUGAGCAGGUGCCCGCUGCUUGGGAGAGUGUGGAGAGCCGACUUGGAGGCGUGUCAGGUGCUGGUGCAGAGCCUGCAGCUCCAGGAAGCAGGCAGCAGCCCACAGACAGAGGAUGAGGAGCUGGUGCACAGCAUAGGAGAGGCCGCCCAGACAGCUGCCCUGGCUGUCCCUCGAACAUCCCACCCCGAAGAGGAAAAGUCCCCCUUGCAGGUGCUCCAGGAGUGGGACCCCCACUCAGCUCCCUCACCACACUGUGCUGCAGGCCCACGGAAAGAGGAUUCUCACAUCGUUUCUGCUGAAGUUGGAAAAAAGUGUGAAGCCAUAAGCGUGAGGCUCCUACACCUGGAAGACCAGCUUCUCGGGGCCAUGUACAGUCACGACGAAGCUCUCUUUCAGUCUCUCCAGGGGGAGCUCCAGAUGGUGAAGGAAACACUGCAGGCCAUGAUACUGCAGCUCCAGCCAACCAAGGAGGCAGGAGGAGAGGCCUCAGCUUCCUAUCUGACAGCUGGUGCUCAGGAAACCGAGGCCUGAGCCUGCUCUUUCUCCACUUGAAACCAAACAUGAGAUGGCCACUGUACCUGCCGGGGUCUUUCUACAGACACUCCAACACCAGGAACCCACAAACCUCAGAGUCUGUGCAGGUCCUCAGCUCCCCCAGGCCGAUUCCUCUGGGGGACUCUGCUCAGUCUCAGGAGAUGUCUACAGGGUGCCUCAGCAAGGUGCAGCCUUUAUGUUCCAAGGCAAUGGCUGCAGCUCAGAACCACCGCCGCCACAGCCACCACCAUCACCACCAGUGCCUGCUGCUGCAUCAGGUCAUUCUGAGAUUCCAGCCAAUGAGAUGGGAAGCACGAAUGUGAGGAGAGGCAUGGGUGCAGGAGGAGACAAUGCAUAUUGUUGAGCCUCUCCAGCAUGGAGCCUGAAGAGCAGUGUCUAUUCACUGAGGCGAUGUGGACUCAGACAGGCAGCUCACUGCUCCAUAAUGGUGAUCGGCGGGUUUCUGUGGAUUGCUCCCUGGGUUCAGCGGAGGCUCCUGCUGGGGCAGCUGUAGGCAGGUGGUUCAAGCAGGUGAAGAGAGCUAAGAAAAUAUGUCAGGUAAUUUUCUGGUGCUGUGAAAAACUGCCUGGCAAAAGCAACUUGGUAGGGAGUAUGGAUGGAUGGAAGGAAGGAAGGGUGGAUAGUGGGUUUAUUUGGGCUCCUGGUUUGAGGCUACAGUCUAUCACAGUAGGGAAUGCAUGGUGGCAGGACUGUGAGGCAGUUGUUCACAGGAAGCAGAGGGAUCGAUGCUACUUCAGUCUCUUCCCCCUUUCUGCUCAGUACAAAGUCUCAGCCAUGUGAUGCUGCCUCCCACGUUUGCAGUGGGUUUCCCUCAGUCAAGUGUCUUCAGAAACACCCUUAUGCACAUGCUUGAAGUAUUGCCUUUUAGGUGACGCUGAGCCCCGUCAAGUUGAUAAUGACAAUGAAUUGCCACAGGAGGGUACCUCAGAGAUACAAGUCUAUAUGAUGAGACCCUGGUAUCAUAACUCCUGCCUGGGAGUCAGCUCAGCUAGCCGCCCUGUAAGAGGGCCGGUAUGAUAAAAUCCACCAGCUUCCAUCAAGCCCCAACAUCCCCGAGCCUGAUGGACUUCAGAUUUCUUCAUGAGAAGCUAUUCAUUCCCUCAGCCUUGGGGGGUCAUUAUGCUGUGCCCUCUGGGAUGACUCCAGUGCACUGUAUCUUAGAGACCAAGCCCAACGUCCUCCUACUGAACUCAGCAUAGUUGGAUGAAUCUGCCUGGGAAGGCCUCUCUACGACGCACUGCUCGCGUUUGUAGGUAUGGGGAUGACACCCUCUUACCUCCCUCUGGGCCCGUGGAGCCAGCUUUUAACCCCCCUAACCACCCCUCUGUCUCUGGAAGGCGCCUGGGGAUUUUCUAAGUGAGGAUCACUGCGUGGAAGAGAAGCCUGCUCGCUGACUUCCUGAGGCAUGACCUGAACAAUUCCGAGGACACAUUUUGUAUAUUUGAAUAAGAAGUAUGUUUAGUUUGUUUCCAGACUUGAUGUUUCGAUAAUGAAACAAAUCCCUGAACCAUUUAUAAUCAAGCCUCUAAAAGCCUGGUGAAGCAGUCACAUGGCACCUGGUGCCCCCAAAUCCUUGGUGUGAUUUUAGUGAAGCACCCCCCCUGUGGCCAAGAAUCUUCCUAACCCUGACACCUUCAAAGGGAGCCUUCCAGGUAUGAGUCACCUGAUUGUCACUGCCAGCCUGGGUGUUUAAUGUUACUCUGACACCACUGUAGCUCUUGGCGAGGUCAUGAAGCAUUCAAAAGCUUAAGGAGGUGAGCAGCCCCUAGGGAUUUCAGGGGGAGGGACAGCUGAGAGUGCCCAGUGUCUGGUUGGUUGAAUGGCACUUCAGUCAUGAGUUGUCCCACAUCUCCUGUCAUUCUCUGGUCUUGGAGUGCCAUCUAGGUUCAGUGUUGAAGGCUGGUGUCUCAUGACAACCUUCCUCUCAUUAGCCACUUGGGCCCUAGGAGAUCCAGGUCUUGUGGAUCCCCAACUAUAGGACAGGACAUGUUUUUACAGGGCCACAUAAAAAUGCCCCAGGGAUGUCAGGGCCUGAGUUUAAACUGUUAUGAGAGGACCAAGCCCACAGCAAAGGUAUGUGUUGAAAUGGGGACACAAUGUCAGUCUUGUUUAUGACAACAGCACACAUGUGUAUCUUAUAAAUAUGCUCUAUUGUCCAUUCAUAUGUUGAAAGGGCUGAUUUUAUAAUCCGUCUGUCACUGUGAUGUUCUGCAAGGGUGGUGGAGUAGGGGGCGCUAGCUUGAAUAUCUUCAUUACCUCAUUAUCACCAGGUCUAGCUCCUGAAACUUUACAGUAUUGAUCAAUCCCUGAAUCAGGUUAAUAUGUCACAAUUGAUUCUAGUCCUGCUUGGUGAUGAAGCUGCCUCCCACCCCAUGAACACUUGUGGAUUGACACCACGCUGAGCCCUUUACAGCAAGUCCUGUAAUUACAGCUCUGCCUGAGGAGAGUGCUCCACACAGAGGAGAGUGCUCCACACAGGGGAGUGCUCCACACAGAGGAGAGUGUUCACAGGCUUCAGGAUGGCCAAGUCCUCUGCCUAAGGCUCAGAAUUGGUUCAAAGGGGGGUCAUGGGGAAUCCUGACCCCCAUGGGCAGCUGUUCCUAACCAAUGUCCUUUCUAAAGUGCCUUUGAUGUCCUCUUUGCACUUUGAGCUGUGAAAUUCAUCCACCAGCUAAAACCCAUGACUGUCCUGUGAAUUCUGCGUGAGAACAGCAAGUCACUGAUCUUUGGGUCCUCUUACCUUAGCAAACCUUACUGUGUAACCUGGGCUCUGGCUGGUUUUAGAAACCCUAAGCUCUCUCUACUGACUUGACCCAGCCUUUCCCAGUCACCCCAAAGAUCAUUCCAGGGGUGCCAUACAGCCUCAUACUGGGUGGGUUCUCUGGAAACUUUCGAUGUAACUGGUGUUUCUCAGAACAUGUUUGUUUACUAUGGGCAACAUGAAGGACAUAUAUAUGUAUGUACAUGUUCAUGUGCUGUGGUUAACAGCAACUCUAUACAUGUUGGUCAGCACCCUCUUGUGUACAUAACUGACCUUUAGUUUUAAUAGCACCGCUUUAUUUGAUCUUUGAUUUUGCCAUGUAAGUUAUUGCUUUAUUAAGUGCCCUGCUCUGUGUGAAAUAA